ACUGCUACUUCAGUGAAUCGUAUCGUAGCCGCCAGUAGCAGCAGGGCGUCGAGCGGCGUUCGGUGACCUUGGAGCGGAAGAGAGUCGCCGAACACAAGCGCACGACUGCCGAGAUUUCGGAGGAAUACGCAAAGCGGAGGACCUCGGCGGAGCCGGGCGACGACCAGCUACUAGUUGGGCUUCUCUCUCGCGGACCUCGUCAUUCGCCGCAUGCGGUCCGAGCCGGAGAGGACGUCCCGUGCCCGCAGCCGCUUAUAAGAGUCGCACGGACCGAUACCGCGUCUUUUUGACAUCCGCGGUACUGCCUUCCUGGCCAGCUCAGAACAGAGGAGCGACGAGCGUGCAACAACAUGUGCCGGCAGGUCUCUUGGACGCUAUGGGCGCUUUUGGCAGCAAUGCUGCUGCUGCAGCCAGACGCCUGCGCUGGGUCUCGCCAGUCUGAAUCUAUACUGCGGGCAAUGACGGCAGCUGCAAAGCCCACCAAGGACUACAGCUUCAGCAUGGACGAUGUGUACGCUUCUCCGGCGACCAUGGAGAAAUACAUGAACUCGUACAGUUUCCCAGGACCGGUGGACUACGUGUCCGCCGCCACUAUGCCUUCGGACGGUGGAGCAUUUCAGUUUUACCCGACGCUUACGUCGGGUUCCGUCUUCGAUAACUUCGCCUUCAGUCCAACGAUCAAACUCGACGAACUGGCUGCGUACCAAGAGCCAACGGGCCACGUAGCCAAGCACUCUAGUCGCAACAAGGGCAAGAAAGUUUGGAGGCUCAAGGAGGACGACGUCGACGAGUUUGGAGAUGAAGGAACGCGACACGCGACCAUCAAAAACGGCGGAAAACGCGAAGAGUGGAGACGGCCGGACGCCAAGCGGAACUCGGAAGAGUCCCGCUCCGUCGAAGAGGAAGGGGCGGCGGCGGUGGCUGGCCGCAGGAGGAGACCGAACGGAAGUUCCGGGUCGUAUUUCAGGGGCGUUCCCGAACAGGACGAGGACAGUUCCGAGGAAGAAGGUGGAGGGGACAUGCCUCGAGAAGACGAGAGGACCGAGACGUCGCCAACGACGUCUCUCAGUGACCGCGACGAGAUCGCUUACUCUCGAAGCAACAGCAGGCAUCCUUUCGUUCGCGUGAAGAACAGCGGAGCACUCACCAUCGAGGAGGCUUCGUCAUCCGAAGAAGGGCGUAGGGGGGCUGCGACGCCUCUGCGAAACUACGAGACCGGGCCUAGGAACAACGUCAACGGAGAUGGGCGAGGUUCUACUACGACGACGACUGCAAAUCAGAGGUUCGAGAACGGACGAAGAAGAAACGUCGGCAAUGGUGGCUACGGAAACAGUGGCGAGCUACCUUCGUUCACUGCCGAAACCAGCGGCAGUAGAACCGAGGGAGCCCCCGGGGUUCGCGGAGGAAACGGCAACGACGACGUCAGGGAUGUCAGGUACAACUCUUACAACGGCAACGGUAACGGCAUCGACAGCGCUGUGCGGUUGGUGAGCGGCGCUGCGCCACGUGACGCCUUCGCUGCGACGCUCACGACGACGACCGAAAGGCCCGAAGUUGGCAACGGUCUGAUACUGUUGAACGGCAACGGUCGGCUCGGUGGACCACAAGAGCCAGCUCGGGACACAUCUACCUCCGGCGGACGUGCGGCGAAAUCGAGGCGAAGGCCACCUCUCGCCUACACGCCGGGAAGCAUGGAGUACCCGUCAGAGCAGGACGACGAAGGGAGCAGCUCCAGGGAGCAGCAGGAGACGACGACGAACGGUUACAGCACGACUACGACCAUGGAACCAAUCAGGUAUUCGUCCGAGGAAGAUACAGCGGCACCGCGAGAGGAAAGUAGGUACUCCGCCGAAGACAGGCUUCACGCGAUGAUGAGGCCGACGCAGACUGCGACCAGGAUGAAGAGGCCGGUGUCCUCUGAACUAAGAGCCGCUGCAGCCGCGACGCCUUUGACCAACGGCAGAGCUCCUACGACAGUGAAUGGACAACGAAGCGUCAACAAUGGCAGGAAGCGUGGUGGAGGAGGGUACGCCGCGCCCGAACCACUGGCCGCGCUUCCUCCGGCGUCUUCGCUCGUCCUCCUGGCUCAAGACCCGACGCCUUCUCUGGACCAGAAGGCCGCGGCCACGGCGACGAGGGGUGCCGACCAGAGGGCGGCGGCAACGACUGGUGGCGGCGGGAGACCCAGGACGCUCUUCCAUCAGCAGGGAUUCCAGGGACCGUACUCGUACCGCUUCGGCUUCGACACGGCCGACCCUUACAACCCGCAAACUCGCUACGAGGAGAAGGACGCCGACGGCCGCGUCCGAGGGUCCUACAGUUACCUGGACCCCAAGGGCCGCCUACAAGUGGUGCGCUAUGAAGCAGACUCAAAGGGAGGCUUCAGGGUCAAAGGGAGCUUCGGACAGUUCCCAGGGGACAAGAAACCCUAGUCUUCUACUGCCGUCUGCGAUACAUAGAUACUACAUCGGUGCAUUCUCAAAUUAGCCACGCUGGUAUACGGGAGUGCCGUGUUUGACGACUUCCCUGAGAAGAUCUAGCGCGGCAUGAAACGAUGUGCCAUCAGCUGCUCGAGCUAAGAUGAGCCCUUCUUUUCGGAACUCUUUCAGUCCUGUAUCACAAGACUGGUAAGGGCUGCAUUCUUCAUUCUUUUGGUCGUGCCACUGGCUUCCGAGAGCCGGGAAGCUGUUUGUACGGUGCACAGUGCUUGAUGCCGGUACUGUCAGCAUGACUUAUUGCGAUAAACAAGAGAAGAGAACACAAUGUAGCCGUGUGGCCAAUUCCCCGCCGAGGAUGUAUGGGGUUUUUCUUGAAGACACUGCAAUGUUGUGCAGUAGCUAUCCCAGGUUUAUGACAAAAAGCCAACAUGCAAGGGGAGAGGGCAUGGCGAACCAUACAUGUUUCCUACCAGGGGCCUCCUUUUCCUGCUGCACAUAUCAUCGUAGCAAGUCAUGCUGACAAAAUCGGCUGAUAUGCACCAGCUAUCCCAGUAAUGUUCUACAGUGUUUCUUUGCAAGCGAUACUGUACUAAACACAACUACUAUACAUUGGCGCCUUUGCUUUGUGUUAGGAUUUGAGUGAUUUGAGUCAGAAGAAAAGAAAUUGUUAUUUUGGUUUUGUGUGUAUCCAAAAUCGAAAGUGAAAACAGUUCAAAUCGCUUCGUCCCGACACUGCAUUUACAUCCAAUUUAUGCGAGAAAGAUUCGCUUUCACUUAUGCUGGGCACAUAUGUUUCUAGGUGGUCGACAGUCGGGCAGGUCUAACUUCUCAGAGUCAAGAGCAUUUUUAUUGCUGUUCAAGGCUCACCAGGAGCAAAUAUAAUAUUCGAAUCAGUGCUAGCUCUGCAUCUUGCAUCUCAUGAUAUAUUUUUACCCUUGGUAACCACAGGCUAGGCAGCAUGUUUUGCACAUCCCCGAGCCAAACUUUCCUCGUGGCCGGAUUGAAAGCCAAACAAAAAAAGGGAAGAAGCGCCAGUAUGUGGUAUACCGUUCAACCACACAGUACCGCGCACAAAGUGAUGCGCGACGGAAGAGCUAGCCCAAGCUGCACACAACCUGUGCUUAACUCGCAUUUUUCGCUCGCAGAGCAGAUAUUUCCCGUCGGGCAGUUUUCAUCGACGAAAUGUAGCGCUUGCUCCAGAAAUUUUUUUAUAAAUGAUGACGAGCAAUCGCAAGCAUGGAACUCCCCGCCUGCAGAUAGUUUGGCUGGAUUGCUAGGAAUUGCAGCGAUAACUUGCCUAUUCGAAGUUUAUACUAAGAGUGCGAAACACGUCUACGAGUCAUCGUAAAGUUGUCAUUUACAAAUUUACAAGCAGAGUUUGAUAGGAACUCUUCAAUCAUAUAAGCAAUUUUCAAGGAAGAUAAGCUGCAACAACAUAGGUGAUGCAGCGCGUGUGCCACGAAACUUGCAUGCGUGAUCGAGGAGUUCCUAUCAAACUCUGCUUGUAGACAUCAAAUUCACGACGUCCUGCAGACGUGUUUUAAAGGAGAUAAAAAAGAACGUCUGAGGCAUAAAUAAAAAAUCGUGGUAAAGUAAGCUGCCGUAGGAAAUCCAGGCUAGAGUUCCAGGUUAGACCGCGGAUAUCUCACGAACUCCCAGACACGGGAACACCUGAAACCGGGCGGCAUGCUAUUCCAAGCCAGUGUGAAAGGCAAGUCAGUCAGCGCCAGGGAAACGUUACCCACAAGUUUAAUAUCAUCACGCACCAGUUCACCUUUUACCUUAUACUACUCUUCACCGCACCUCAUUCCCUCUCAUCCCAGGUGUAAGGUGGAGGUCAUCGCGAGUUCGGUCACCAAUCAUGGUCAGCAUCGUUGUGAGACUUAUCUAAGCACUGAUACGUAUCUGCAAGCACUUACGCCCACUAUAUAGAGGAAGUUUUUACUGAUAGAUAGAUAGAACGCAGUAUAUUUAUGUAUUAGACUGUCUGAUCAAAUCAGGCAAACUAUGUGCUAGUAGGCAACCAUGACUGAGCUGAUUAUGGAGCAAACGUGUGUACUUGCUAGAAGGAAACAAGGGAUAACACAUGGCCUCUUUUGGGCAAGGAAACCACAGUGGCCUUAAGAGUAGCUCCGAUAGGCCAUGAGGCUCGCUAGCGAUAAGAGCGAAUCAGACCACUGUAGCACGGAAUAUUCUCACUACGAAGACCAUACUUUCGAGCUUUAUAUUUUCGUUAAGAAAGAAAAACAAGCACAUGAAAAAAAGAAAAUGAAGAGAAAGAAGUCGCCCACACGUCGCACGGCCGCUUCGGUCGCGAUCGAGUGUGAACCAGUUUGUCGCACGUUAGACUUACUUCCUUUUAUUCUCCUUGCCACGAGCUUUACGAGUAUUAUAGCUCGUUUUAGGGCUCCUUUGGGCUCGUGUUACCCAGCUUGACUCACGUCAACGUGUCGGUGUCUGUACUAUGUGUGUGUCCUUGUGGGUUCGAUAUUCAGCUGCAUUGUGAUAGGCUGAGAAAGAACCAAUGUAACUGUACGUAGACUUAAUUUGCAAACGAGGUAGUCUGCUAUGUUUGCAACAUGUAAUGUGGUGAAAUAUAUAUUAUUACCUGUAACGAAGUGUAACCUACUACGCGAUACAUACCGUGAUAUAUAUCGAGGUCUGGUUAAUGAGUCAGUCAGAAAAACUGUGUUGCUGUGUUGCCUCCAAGUAAAAUGUUAGUUUCAACUGAUUGGCGUUCAAACGUGCUGAAACAGUCAUAGCAAGGAGGUGGAGGAAACGAAGACCAGAGAGAAAACAAGGGAAAAAUGUGUACGCGCAGCACUGUCGUUGUGCUGCCAUUUAAUUUCGUGUUCUUUCUUUAUCUUUCUUUCGGCUCGACGAGGUUUUUUGUGUUUCUUUAGUUUGUUUUGAUGCUGUUAAUGCCUGAUCAUGUUGUUUAAGUUGGCUUCCUCAUUGUAUAUGUAUUCUUUAUACUUUGGGAUUCGCACUACAAUGCAACAUGUACGAAUGCGAAAGCAAGGGAACAUAUAGUACGAACGACGCUUUUAUCUUCGUUCAUGUCUCUGUGCAAACGUUGUGGCACAUAUGGUCUACACGUUCCAUUUUUCUCCCGAUUUCUUGAUUGCUUGCGUUUUUACUAGUGCUUCACAUCCUCUGACGUGUUCAUACGCCUAGCAAAACACUCGUCAUUCAUUCUUUGUGCGCGUAUACGUGGUGUGUUCUCUCCCGCAAUCCAGAUUUGUGAAAUGUCUUCAGAAGUUUCCCGUUUACGCUGCCGGUGGAAUUAGCUGGUUGCGAUGGAGAAGUCUCCGGUAAGGUCUGAUCAUCAGAACAAGGGUUUUCUAUUGUACACUAGCUCGUGACUCAUUAAACGAUAACUGGCUUUGAUGUUGUCCUUGUAGUACGCAUAUUUUUGCCCACACUGUUUGGACGCAGCAUGUUAAAUAAAUGCGCGUGUUUCUGUGCCACGGAGUCGUGUCUUUGUCUCUUCAGUUCUGCCUUGUACGACGUCGUAAGGGUCGUUAUUAACAACAAACACAGUGGAGGCGUGGUGGUCUGCAGCGAUACUGUCAU